UUAAAGUAAAGGGAGUUGUGUUACAAGUGUUAAAUGAGAGAAGCUAACAAUACCUCUACUAAAUUAAACAUAUUUAAUGUAUGGGUAAGACCGCGUGCAGAAGUCGUUACCUAAGAAACAUGUGAAAAAAUAAAUUCCUGUGAAAACUUCUGCUAUUCACCAUGAGUAAUGCUGCAAGUACAGUCCCGGCUAAGAGAAACGUAUAUCGGGCGAAAACAACGAAAAUUCCGUCGUUGGAUGAUUACAAAUCAAAGAAAGAAACGAAAUCAAAAAAGAAAUUGAUGACUAAGAAUGCCGAUAUUUUAAUUGUAAAACAUAAAGAAAACAAAAACAAGCACGCUUCACAUGAUGGUUACAAUCACAUCGACGAUGAAGAGACUUGGAUGAUGAAAGCAAAAGACACUUUAGAAUCAGGAAUAGACAAAAUAGAUCCAUCAGCUAUGGGUAACACAACACAGAGAAAAGGAAUGAAGCAAACUGCGGGAAAUAAUCGAAGUGAAUCAAACAAACCUUCUAUAAAGAUAAUGCAUAUUCAGCAUUAUGAGCAAUCAAUGGAAGAAAGAAAACAUAUUCUAGAGCUGAAUGAAAAGUAUGAGAAACGUAUAGCAGAGUUGGAAGAAGAGACUGCACGUGUGUUGGGAGAGUUUGCACAACUUUACGAAGAUAAUGAAAAGUUGAGACGUAAAAUGGACACCGGGAAUGAUCCACUACUAGAGCCAUACAGCAGAGUGUUCGAAGAUCGGAAAAUAUUAAGGCAAGCCGAAAGUGGUUAUAAGAAAAGGAUAAUAAGACUAGAACAAGAAAUUAUAGAAAAGCAAAACGAAAGCAAUAAGUUCCAGGACAAGGUCAAGUCACUUCAGGCUAAAAUUACACCUACCACCCAGGCAGAAGAAAAAGAGAGAAAAACUAAGACAUUAAAAGUACAAGAAGAGCUAAGAAAACUCAAAGCAGAAAAUGAAAAAUUGAAAAACAAUAUUAGAGAAUUAGAAACUUUAAAUAAUAAGUCAGAAGUGAAGAGAUUAAAAGCUGAGAAUGUGACCCUGAGAGAUACUAUCAAAAAAUUAGAACUACAGAUUUCAAGUAAAAUUGAUAAUACGGUCAACAGAACAAACAAACCUGACAACACCAUCAAGGGGACGGGAACUAGGAUGGAUGUCAAAAAACAACCAAAGGAAAGCAAACCAUAUAAAAUUAAAUUCGACUAUGAAUAUUUGCUUCCUGAUUCUCAAGAGUAUGACUAGUUUGCAAUCAACAUGAACGGCUGCAAGCAUAACUUAUUGCUGAGAUCAUGAUUUGUUUUGUUGCAGGUUUGGCUGCAUACUACAAUGUUGUAAUAAAUUAUGAUAACUAGA